UACACCACUUCCGGUCCACAGCAUUUUGCAUGAUGUGAGAAGAGGACAUGCGGAUCGCGCUCUAUCUCUAGCAGUGUCACCAUAUUUUCUUUAUUAGAUCGAAGGCACACGCAAUAAAGACAGAGCCAUGGAAACAAUUAAGCAUUUCGAGGAGCGUGUAAAGAUGUCUACAAGCAUGUAUGCGGUCUACAAGCAGACACAUCCACCCACUGGGAUAGAGCAUUCAGUUUACUGCAACUUCUACAAUUCCCGUUCGAAGAACUUAGUUGUAGCUGGAGCCACAGUCCUGAAGGUUUAUCGUUUAGUUCCAGAAGUGGAGUACCCAGAGCAAAGACAACGUGUGAAGUUAGAGCAUACUCACACAUUCAACUUGUUUGGGAAUAUUGUCUGCCUCGAUGUGGUACGCCUUUCGGGACCACGUGACACGCUUCUGCUUGGUUUUAAAGACGCAAAGCUAUCCUUGGUUGAGUAUGAUCCCAGUACUCAUGAUCUGAAAACAGUGUGCAUUAAGUCAUAUGAAAAAGACGAAUUCAAGGGUGGUUAUGUACAGCACUAUCAGCUUCCCAUGAUACGUGUUGAUCCUUGUGGACGCUGUGCUGCUAUGUUAGUCUAUAGCCGCACCAUUAUCGUCAUUCCAUUUCGGAAGGAUGGGGCUACAGAAGAAGCAGACGCUGGUCUUGCAUUUGGGAACAAGCCGCCGUUUCUAGACUACUAUCCCAUAGUGCUUAAUGAUUUUGAUGAAAAAAUCAACAACAUUGUCGACAUGCAGUUCCUGCAUGGCUAUUAUGAACCUACGCUUCUCAUUCUUUAUGAACCUUUGAGAACAUGGCCAGGACGUCUCGCUGUACGCCAGGACACAUGCUGUAUUUUAGCACUAUCACUGAACUUACAGCAAAGAGUGCAUCCAAUCAUAUGGUCCUUUACAAACUUGCCGUUUGACUGUACCAAAGUGCUUGCUGUACCAAAACCCAUAGGUGGCGUUCUUAUAAUGGCUGUGAACGCUUUGCUAUAUUUGAAUCAAAGUGUGCCACCUUAUGGCGUAUCUCUGAGCUCGUUUACUGAUUUCAGUACAGCAUUUCCACUCAAAUCUCAAGAAGGAGUAAAGCUGUCUCUCGAUUGUGCUCAGGCAUGCUUCCUCAACCAUGACAGGCUGGUUGUUUCUCUCAAGGGAGGAGAAUUAUAUGUGCUUACGUUGUUCAACGAUGGAAUGAGAAGUGUUAGGAACUUUUACUUUGAUCGGGCAGCUGCAAGUGUGCUCACAACAUGCAUGACUCUGUGCGAGGAUGGUUACCUCUUUUUGGGAUCCCGCUUGGGUAACUCCCUGCUUCUCUACUAUACAGAAAAAGCGGAUGAUGUAGAGGAACCUUCCAAAAAGGAGGAGAAGACUGAUGGUGAUGUGAGUGAUCCUCCUGCAAAAAAGAAGAAAAUGGAUGUCAUUGAUGAUUGGAUUGCAUCCGAUGUCGCCUUGAUUGACCCUGAUGAGUUAGAAGUGUAUGGAAGUCAAACGAUGGCAGCAAAGCAAAUUACUUCGUACACCUUCGAGGUGUGUGACAGUCUUAUAAACAUUGCACCAUGUGGAAAGGUCUGUAUGGGUGAACCAGCUUUCCUGUCUGAAGAAUUCACGCAGACCACAGACCCUGAUCUUGAACUUGUUUCUACCUGUGGCUAUGGCAAGAAUGGUGCCCUCUGUGUUUUGCAGAGGAGUAUUCGGCCCCAAGUAGUCACCACGUUUGAACUCCCUGGAUGUGUGGAUAUGUGGACUGUUAUGGGACCUUGUGCUAGGAAGCCCGAGGAGAAGAAGGAAAGCCCAGACCAAGGAACAGAAGAAAAGACUGGAGAAUCAGCACCUUUGAUAAAUACCCAUUCUUACCUUAUUCUUAGCAGGACUGACAGCAGCAUGAUUCUACAAACUGGACAAGAGAUCAAUGAGCUGGAUCACAGUGGAUUCAGCACACAGUCACCCACUGUAUUUGCUGGCAACCUUGGUGGGGAUGGACGUAGUUAUGUGCUUCAGGUUUGUCCAAUGGGAGUACGACUGCUGGAUGGAACUAGGCAGCUGCAACACAUUCCUUUGGACGUGGGUUCUCCUAUUGUCACAGGAUCUUUAGCAGACCCACAUGUGCUGAUUCGUAGCCGAGAUGGGCUCGUAAUCCACCUUACUCUUCGUGGUGAUCCUGCUUCCACGGGCUGUCGCCUUGCCGUGCUGCGGCCGCAGCUCACCGCCGUGAAAUCAAAGAUACUAAGCAUUUGUGUGUACAAGGACAUGAGUGGACUUUUUACAACACAGUAUCAGGAACCAGAAGAGCCUGCAAAGCAAGAAAAGAGCUCAGUUCCUGCAAAGGAAGUGGUUGAGCCAUACACAAAUGGCACUCUGGAUGACGAAGAUGAGCUACUCUAUGGUGAAUCUGAAGAUGACCCCUUAGGGAGGGAGGCAUCUCAGAUACCAGUGAAGGAGGCAUUACCAAAUAAGGGCAAUGUGUUUGAAGUAAAAGAAGUGAAGCCUAGCUAUUGGGUGUUUGUUGCCAGGGAAAAUGGUGUCCUGGAGAUUUAUUCUCUUCCCGAUUACAAACUCUGUUUUCUUGUCAAGAACUUUCCGAUGGGGCAGAAAGUACUUGUUGAUUCUGUGCAAGUGACAGCAUCUUCAGCAAUGAAGUCAGGAGAUAAGGACAAAGCUCAUGAAUCAAUGCCUGUAGUGCAUGAGAUUCUUGUCGUGGGUCUUGGUCUUCAGCAUUCUAGGCCACUGCUAUUGGCACGAGUGGAUGAAGAAUUGCUAAUUUAUGAAGCUUUUGCUUUUCAUGAAACUCAGAGGGAAGGCCAUCUCAAACUCAGGUUCAAAAAGCUGAAUCACGACAUCAUCUUGAGGACUCGCAAGUUCCGAUCUCAGAAGCCUGAGAAUGAGGAAGAGAAGUUGAUGACGAAUCAACAGUGGCUGAGGCCCUUUGGUGAUAUUUCUGGCUACUCAGGUGUGUUCUUGUGCGGCAACCGGCCAUAUUGGCUGUUCAUGACCUCACGAGGAGAACUGCGUUACCACCCCAUGUUUAUUGAUGGCCCUAUUCACUGCUUUGCUCCGUUUCACAACGUCAACUGCCCCAAAGGUUUCUUGCACUUCAAUAAACAGGGUGAACUUCGAAUCAGUACGUUGCCCACACACUUGACGUAUGAUUCGCCUUGGCCAGUACGGAAGGUGCCACUGCGCUGCACUCCACAUUUUGUCAACUACCAUGUGGAUAGCAAGACAUUCUGUGUAGUGACCAGUCAGCCAGAACCGUGCACUCAAAUUGUUCGCUUCACAGGGGAGGAGAAGGAAUAUGAACUUCUAGAACGAGAUAGUCGCUACAUAUUCCCUGUAAUGGACAAGUUCUCUCUACAACUGGUGUCGCCUGUGAGUUGGGACACAAUCCCUAACACUAAGGUUGAUCUUGAUGACUGGGAACAUCUCACCUGCCUCAAGAAUGUCAUGCUGUCUUCUGAGGGCACAAGUUCUGGCAUGAAAGGUUACCUGGCUUUAGGUACCAACUACUGCUACGGGGAGGAUGUCACAAGUCGAGGAAGGAUCAUAAUCCUGGAUAUCAUCGAUGUGGUGCCUGAGCCUGGUCAGCCCUUGACAAAAAACAAAAUUAAGAUUGUGUACAGUAAAGAGCAGAAAGGUCCUGUAACGUCUCUCACACAAGUGGUUGGGUUCCUUCUCAGUGCCAUUGGACAGAAGAUGUACAUUUGGCAACUGAAAGACAAUGAACUUGUGGGUGUGGCAUUCAUUGACACUCAGAUCUACAUUCAUUCCAUGGUGACAGUCAAGAAUUUAAUACUAGUCGGAGAUGUUUUCAAGUCAGUUUCUUUGCUGAGAUAUCAAGAAGCAUCGAGAACAUUGUCUCUUGUCAGCAGGGAUGUGAGGCCCUUGGAGGUGUAUGCAGUGGAGUUUUUUGUUGACAACUCUCAGAUGAGCUUCCUUGUUACAGACUCUGAGCAGAAUCUGCUCCUCUACAUGUACCAGCCAGAAUCACGAGAAAGCUGUGGAGGUCAGCGCUUGCUGAGGAGAGGAGACUUCCACGUUGGAUCCGCCAUCACUAGCAUGUUUCGUAUCAAGUGUCGAUUGGGAGAUCUCCCCAAGCAAGACCGUCGCCUUGCUGCUAGCAUUGACGGCAGACAAAUUGUGAUGUUUGCAACCCUUGAUGGUAGCUUGGGCUACAUUCUUCCAGUUCCGGAAAAAACUUACCGUAGGCUGCUCAUGCUUCAGAAUGUGUUGGUCACAAACAUUCCUCACUAUGCAGGGCUGAACCCUAAGGGAUUCAGGACAUGUCAGUCUCAGAGGAAACUCCUAGGAAACCCCCACAAGAACAUCCUGGAUGGGGAGCUAAUCUGGAAGUUUAUGCACCUUUCAUUCAUGGAACGAAACGAACUCUCCAAAAAAAUUGGAACAUCUGUUACACAGAUUCUGGACGACCUACUCGAGAUCGAGAGCUACACAGCACAUUUCUGAUCAUUGUCAUUCAUUGUACAUAUCUCUUCACGUGGGUAUGUUAAAUAAAUUUUGUGAUUGUGCUA